AUGAAUCUUGCGGUAUCUGACGCAGUAAUGGCACUGUUUGGGGUGAUCUUCAGGGGUCGCAGUUUUAUUGGUACAGUUUCUAUUAAACAAUUGUGCGAAACUGGAGUAUAUCUGGCAUCCAUUCUGCCGGCAGCCAACUUCUUGUCAGUACUCCCUAUCACAACCGACCGACUAGCUGCUAUUUUCUAUCCUUUUAGCUACAAAACCCACGCUCAUCACCGCAGACAACAUCUACUCACCCUGUUAUGCUGGCUGUUUCCCUUAUCUGUUACAAUCGUUAUCGUGAUUUACCAGGAGAUAGCUAAGGUCGGCUCUGUUGUCAACUACUCUGCUGGUAGUGUUUGUGAACCUGCUGAGUGGCUCCGACACAGUAUCUUCUAUCAUUUCCCCACCGCGUUCUGUGGCCUAGGAACACUGGCGGUCAACAUUGUGGCUUACUCUGCUAUGUCGUGGAGAAUGUGCAGGAGCGAGCGAGUCGGAACUAAGAAGAACAAAAGUCUCCUUAUCAGAGCAGUUAUAAUGAUUGUUAUCUUCUCUCUAUCGUGGGUUCCAGCGUUCAUUAUCAUAGAUAUUGUCAAAAGGACUGGAACAUGUCCGCUCAAAUGGUCUGCGCAGGUUCUCCUUUACUUAAACACUCUAACAGAUCCUCUUAUAUAUGUCCUCACUCCUAAAAUGAUGAAACGGCUUGCUAAACAAGUAAGGUCGAUCCCAAACAAUGAGUCCGGGAUCGUGGCUGGUAUAACUGUAAGCAAUGAUAACGCGGUCCAGAUGGUCCCUUUCGUUAGGAACAAUCCUUGUGUUGUUUGCUCAAACUAUGGCUCGAGAAGCACCAGCAAGCCGGAGUGA